UUCCAUGUGUUAUCUUUUAGAAUAUCUAUUCAGAUCUUUUGCUCGUUUUUAAACUGGAUUAUUUGCUUUUUUAUUAAUUUAUUGUAAGAUUCAGUAAGAGACUUUGAGAGCAGGAAUGAUGAAACCUAUCAGUUGGAGUCAACUAAAAAAAAGGGAAAAAUGUAAAAUUUAUUCGUAUUUUACAUAGCUAAUGCACAGUAAUCACAAUGAGUUGUAGAAUUGGAGUUAGAUAAGUUUUAUUCCAGUAGCCAAGCUCUUAGUCAUAACGAAGAAUGGACAGUGGCUCUCUGAACUCUUCUAGCUUAGUCCCUUGCUUGCCCCAUUCUCAAUUACUAAGUCUUGACAAACUCUUGAAAGCCCUACCAUCCUUGCCGAACUUUCACCCAGGCGCCGGCAGGUGGCGAUGAGGCUCUCCGUGGGCCGCUCUGUCUGACGCGUGCACCUCUGUGCGGACCACAGACGCUGCAGCUGUACUUCCGGGCGCUGAUGCAGGCGGCGCCAUCGCGUGAGCCCCGGUUCCCCUGGGUCAGGAGUGGACCGCCACUGGGACAGGAUGCAGAAGAUCUCCGUGUUGCUCUUCCUGGCCUGGGUCUGCUUCCUCUUCUAUGCUGGCAUUGCCCUCUUCACCAGUGGCUUCCUUCUCACCCGUUUGGAGCUCACUAACCAUAGCAGCUGCCAGGAGCCCCCAGGUCCUGGGUUCCUGCCGUGGGGAAACCAAGGGAAGCCUGGGGCCUGCUGGAUGGCUUCCCGGUUCUCCCGGGUUGUGUUGGUGCUGAUAGAUGCCCUGCGAUUUGACUUUGCCCAGCCCCAGUACUCACAAGUGCCUGGGGAGCCUCCUGUCUCACUGCCCUUCCUGGGCAAACUACGCUCCUUGCAAAGGAUCCUGGAGAUUCAGCCCCACCAUGCCCGACUCUACCGAUCUCAGGUUGAUCCUCCUACGACCACCAUGCAGCGCCUCAAGGCCCUCACCACCGGCUCAUUACCUACUUUUAUUGAUGCUGGCAAUAACUUUGCCAGUCAUGCCAUAAUGGAAGACAAUCUUAUUAAACAACUCACCAAUGCAGGAAGGCGUGUAGUCUUCAUGGGAGAUGAUACCUGGAAAGAUCUUUUCCCUGGAGCUUUUUCAAAAGCUUUCUUCUUCUCUUCCUUCAAUGUCAGAGACCUACACACAGUGGACAAUGGCAUCUUGGAACACCUGUAUCCCACCAUGGACAGUGGUGAAUGGGACGUGCUGAUUGCUCACUUCCUGGGUGUGGAUCAUUGUGGCCACAAGCAUGGCCCUCACCACCCUGAAAUGGCCAAGAAACUUAGCCAGAUGGACCAGGUGAUCCAGGGACUUGUGGACCGUUUGGAGAAUGACACAUUGCUGGUGGUGGCUGGGGACCACGGGAUGACCAUGAAUGGAGACCAUGGAGGGGACAGUGAGCUGGAAGUCUCAGCUGCACUCUUUCUAUACAGCCCCACAGCCCUGUUUCCCAGCACCCCACCAGAGGAGCCAGAAGUGAUUCCUCAAGUCAGCCUUGUGCCCACACUGGCCCUGCUACUAGGCCUGCCCAUACCAUUUGGAAACAUUGGGGAGGUGAUAGCUGAGCUGUUCUCAGCGGGCAAGGACUCCCAGCCCCACCUCUCUGCUCUAGCCCAAGCCUCAGCUCUCCAUCUCAAUGCCCAGCAGGUAUCCCGAUUUCUUCACACCUACUCAGCUGCUACUCAGGACCUCCAAGUUAAGGAGCUUCAUCAGCUACAGAAUCUCUUCUCCAAGGCCUCUGCUGACUACCAGUGGCUUCUUCAGAACUCCCAAGGGGCUGAGGCUGCAUUGCAGACUGUGAUUGCUGAGCUGCAGCAGUUCCUGCGGGGAGCUCGGGCUAUAUGCAUUGAGUCUUGGGCCCGUUUCUCUCUGGUCCGCAUGGCAGGGGGUGCUGCUCUCUUGGCUGCUGCCUGCUUUCUCUGUCUGCUCGCAUCCCAGUGGGCAACAUCCCCAAGCUUCCACUUUCGCCCUCUGCUGCUUAUACCUGGGGCCUGGGGCCUGGGUGGAGCCAUACUAUAUGCAGGACUCCUGGCAACUACUGGGCUGAAGCUGGAUCCAGUGGUUCUAGGGACCAUGGCUGCAACAAGCUCACUUCUCCCUUUUUUGUGGAAAGCUUGGGCUGGCUGGGGGUCUAAGAGGCCCAUAGCAACUCUGCUUCCCAUCCCUGGGCCUGUCCUUUUACUCCUGCUCAUUCGCUUGGCUGCCUUCUUCUCUGAUAGUUUUGUUGUAGCUGAGGCCAGGGCUACCCCCUUCCUUUUGGGCUCACUCAUUUUGCUCCUGGUUGCCCAGCUUCACUGGGAGGGUCAGCUGCUGCCGCCUAAACUGCUCACAAUACCCCGCCUUGGCUCUUCUUCCCCAACAGGCCCCCCACGGCACAGUGGUGCAUAUGCCCUGAAGCUUGGAGUUGGGUUGCUUUUAUGUACAAGGCUAGCUGGGCUUUUUCAUCGCUGCCCUGAAGAGACACCUGCUUGCCACUCCUCUCCCUGGCUGAGUCCUCUGGCAUCCAUGGUGGGAGGUCGAGCCAAAAAUUUGUGGUACGGAGCUUGUGUUGGGGCACUGGUGACCCUAUUAGUUGCUGUGCGACUAUGGCUUGGCCGCUAUGGUAAUCUCAAGAGCCCUGAGCCCCCUGUGCUCUUUGUGCGCUGGGGGCUGCCUGUAAUGGCACUGGGCACUGCUGCCUACUGGGCAUUGGCAUCGGGGGCCGAUGAAGCACCCCCGCGUCUCCGAGCCCUGGUUGCUGGGGCAUCAGUUGUGCUUCCUCGGGCAGUGGUGGCGCUGGCUGCUUCAGGACUCAUGCUGCUUCUCUGGAGGCCUGUGACAGUGCUGGUAAAGGCUGGGGCAAGUGCCCCAAGGACCAGGAUUGUCCUCACUCCCUUCUCGGGGCCCCCUACUUCUCAAGCUGACUUGGAUUAUGUGGUCCCUCAAAUUUACCGACACAUGCAGGAGGAGUUCCGGGGCCGGCUAGAGAGGACCAAAUCUCAGGGUCCCUUGACUGUGGCUGCCUAUCAGUUGGGGAGCAUCUACUCAGCUGCUAUGGUCACGGCCCUCACCUUUUUGGCCUUUCCACUUCUGCUAUUGCAUGCAGAGCGCAUCAGCCUUGUGUUCCUGCUUCUGUUUCUGCAGAGCUUCCUUCUCCUGCAUCUGCUUGCUGCUGGGAUACCCAUCACCACCCCUGGUCCUUUUACUGUGCCAUGGCAGGCAGUGUCAGCAUGGGCCCUCAUGGCCACACAGACCUUCUACUCUACAGGCCACCAGCCUGUCUUUCCAGCCAUCCAUUGGCAUGCAGCUUUUGUGGGAUUCCCAGAAGGUCAUGGCUCCUCUACUUGGCUUCCUGCUUUGCUAGUAGGAGCCAACACCUUUGCCUCCCACCUCCUCUUUUCAGUAGGUUGCCCACUACUUCUGUUGUGGCCUUUCCUAUGUGAGAGUCAAGGGCCAAGGAAGAGGCGGCAACCCCCAGGGAGUGAAGCUGAGGCCAGAGUCAGGCCUGAGGAGGAGGUGGAGGAGCCACUGAUGGAGAUGAGGCUCCGGGAUGCACCUCACCACUUCAAUGCAGCACUUCUGCAGCUGGGCCUCAAGUACCUCUUUGUCCUUGGUGUCCAGAUUCUGGCUUGUACCUUGGCUGCCUCCAUCCUCCGCAGGCAUCUCAUGGUCUGGAAGGUGUUUGCCCCCAAGUUCAUUUUUGAGGCCAUAGGCUUCAUCGUGAGCAGCGUGGGACUUCUCCUGGGCAUAGCAUUGGUGAUGCGAGUGGAUGGUGCUGUGAGCUCCUGGUUCAGAAAACUAGUUCUGGCUCAGCAGAGGUAGCCUAGGCUAUGGAUGCUUACAUCUGACUACAGAGAGAACUGGAGAAUAAUAUAGCUUGGCCUGUACAGGUGCUAGCUAAACUACAAGAGAGGCUCAGCCACAUCUCUUUCCACCAUGCAGCCAGGCACUGCUGGCUCUGGGACUUCAUUAUUUUAAAAUUCAAAAUCACAGUGGAGUCUGAUCCCUAACUCCUGAUUUGGUUGCAUCUGAUGGAUAAGGGUGUUAGCUAUGGUGGGUCUCCAAAGUGGAAUAAAAAAAAUGUAAAUAUGUUUGUCUGAGAUGUGGGGGAGUCCCCACUGUCAUACAUGUGUUGAAGGGAGGGUCAGUCUCCUCUCUCAGGCAGAUUGGAUCAGUCAUCUUAGACAUGCUUGGCUAUACCUGAGAACCUUUGGCAAGAGGUUGGAGUUGUCUGAAUUUACUGCCCCCACUUUUUCCUAAAUCAGUCCCAUUAUCCCACCUAUGAUUUUCCUUUGCUAUUCAGUCAACACAUUUUUUGAGUUCUUACACACUUUGGCUGAUUGCAGAGAAGACUGAGAAGAUAAACCCAGGUAUCAUAGAGUACACAGAAGCCCCAAAUCAUCUUCCCUGAUGUGUCCUUUCACUCUAAGACACUUUGCUCUUCACUUCUGUGGAAGCCUCCCUAGUUUCCCAACCUGUGCUGUCUAUUUAUUUAUUUAUGAUACUGGGGAUUGAACCCAGGGGUGCUUUACCACUGUGCCACAUCCCUAGCCUUUUUUAUUUUUUAUUUUGAGACACCCUCUCUGAGUUGCUAUGAUUGGCCUUGAAUUUGCAAUCCUCCUUGUUAACCUCCCCAGUUGCUAAGAUUACAUGCAUGUGCCACUGUUCUUGGCUCUUUUAAAACAGAUCCACUUGCCCAUCUUUUUACUUUGGGGGGUGUUGGGAGAUGAUAAUGGAAAUUGAACCUAGGACCUGGCAUGUGCUAGACAAGCACUCAACCAUUGACUACAUCUCUAACCCUUUUUUAAUUUUUAGACAGUGUCUCACUAUAUUGCUGAGGCUGGCCUCAAACUUGUGAUUCUCUUGCUUACUCCAGAGUACAGACCUUCUUGCCCAUCUUGUAGAACAUUCCACCUUGUCUCAUUGAUUAUUCCUGGACUUGAAGCCAAACUGUAUUUAUUAAUUUAUUCAUUUUUACAGCCUCAGAACCAUAGGAAUCCUAGUGCUUCUCUUGUAUGUCUCCUGUGUCCUCUGUCCAUUGCACCCUCAUUCUCAGGUGUCACAUUUGAAGUGCUGGCAUGAGAUCCUCUGGAGAUAUCCAUCAAAAGAGUUUGGCCAGGCACAAAUACCUGUAAUUCCAGCGCUCGAGAGGCUGAGGCAGGAGGAUUGUGAGUUCAAAGCCAGCCCCAGCAAAAGCAAGGCACUAAGCAACUCAGUGAGACCCUGUCUCUAAAUAAAAUACAAAAUAGGGCUGGGAAUGUGGCUUAGUGGCCAAGUGCCCCUGAGUUCAAUCCCAAGUAUUUGGGGGGGAAAAAAAAAGUUUGGAAGCCAGGUAGGUGUGGUGACAUAUGCCUUUAAUCCUAGUGAUUGAGGAUGCUGGAAACGAGGAUUGUAAGUUCAAGGUCAGCCUCAGCAAUUUAGUGAGACCCUGUCUCAAAAAGGGCUGGGAAUGUAGCUAAGUGGUUAUACCCCCUGGGUUCACUCCUCAGUACCACAAACGUGAAUAUAAAAUAAAUAAAGUGGAUUAUUUGUCUUUUAAAAAAAGUUGAAAAGAACCUCUGGAGAGAAGGGUUAGGACCAAGGUUGGAGGUUUGAACAUGUCCAAGUCAUGAGAAGUUGGGAUUGCUGAAAGAAGAGAUGAUCUUGGGGCUGGGGUUGUGGCUCAGUGGUAGAGUGCUUGCCUUGCAUAUGCAAGGUGCUGAGUUUGAUCCUCAGCACCACAUAAAAGUAAAUAAAUAAAAUAAAGCUAUUGUUUAAAAGGAAAAGAAGAAAUGAUCUUUAAAAAAUGGGAGAGCACUUACCUUUAGUUGGCAUGAGGAAGAAAAGGUAAGGAGCAUUGGUUAUGAGGAAGAAAUACACUGAUGUGGUAGGUAGCUAAGGGAAGAGUUCAAAGUAUUAAUGGCUAACAGACUAGGGUACAGAGGUCAAAUGCAAAGAUGAAAAAGUAUGUAUUCUGUGAGGCAAUUAAAGGAUAGAUCCUUGGUUACACUGGUUAUAAACAGGUUUAAUAAUGUAGGAUGGAGAGGGGUAGGGGUUGUGGCUCAGUGGUAGAGCGCUAGUAUGUGUGAGGCACUGGGUUCGAUUUUCAGCACUGCAUAUAAAUAAAUAAAAUAAAGGUCCAUUGACAACUAAAAAAUAUAAAAAAAUAAUGCAAGAUGGAGAAGUUAUGGCCCCAGCUAGCCUAUAAAAGAAAUAAGGGGAAAAAGAAAAGAAAACCCUCCCCCAACCUGGUGGCAACUUCUGAGGUAGUUUGGUGGAACAAUUCCUUUGUGAGAAAGGAAAACACCCUUUCCAUCUCUAGUACCUAGGAAGUACCUUUAGUACUUUAGUUCUUUAGUACUCUAGUACCUAGGGCAGUACCUCUAGUACCUUUGUCUGUACCUUCAUCUCCCCGCAAAUUGUAUUUUAUUAUUUAUUUAUUUUGCAGAGCCUUCCUUACCUACAGCCUAAGGAUAAUCUAAUCUAUCAAUCACUGUCUAAUCACUUUCUCCUGAUAAAUCUUUAAGAUUCUUUUAGAGAAAGAUGUGUUAGAAAAUUGAUUACCAAGCAUGAUGGCACAUGCCUUUAAUGCCAGCUACUUAGGAAGCUGAGGCUAGAGGAACCCACAUUUGAGGACAACCUGGGAGACUGAGCAAGAACCUGUCUCAAAAUAAAAAAUAAAAAGGGAUAGGGGUGUAGUUCAAUGGUAGAGCACCCUUGGGUUCAAUCUCCAGUACAGCAAAAAGAAAAUGAGAAGAAGAAGAAAGAAAUGAGAUAAUAUAAUCUGUGGCCUUUUGUGAUUGACCUCUUCAUCAUGUUUCCAAGGUUUAUAUAUCAGUAUAUAUUGUUUUUUUCUCUUCUUUUUUGGUACCAUGGAUUGAAUCUGAGGCGCAUCCCUAGCCUUUUUUAUUAUUAUUAUUUUUAAAAUAUUCUUUUUUAGUUAUAGAUGAACACAAUGCCUUUAUAUUAUUUUUAUGUGGUGCCGAGGAUUGAACCCAGUGCCUCAUACAUGCUAGGCAGACACUCUACCACUGAGCUACAACCCUAAUCCUUAUUUUUUAUUUUGAGACAGGGUCUCACAGAGUUGCUUAGGGCCUUACUAAGUUGCUAAGGCUGGCUUUGAACUUGGCCUCAGCUUCUCGAUUCUUUUUCUUUUUAAGUUCAGAUAAAAUUUAACAUUUUAACCUUUUGUUUGGCGGGGGGUUUCUGGGGAUUGAACCCAGGUGCACCUUACCACUGAGUUACAUCCCCUGCCAUUUUUAUUUUUUUGAGUCAGGGUCUCACUAAGUUGCUUAAGUCCUUGCUGAAUUGCUGAGGCUGGCCUGGAACUUCCGAUCUUCUGCCUCAGCUUCCAGAGUUCCUGGGAUUACAAGCGGUGUUACCAAGCCUACCAUAUUUUAGCCAUUUUAAAAAAUACAUUCAUAAUGUGCAAUCAUCAGCACUAUCAAUUCUAGAAUUUUCAUUACCCUAAAAAGAAACCCUGUACCCAUUAAACAAUCACUUUCCUUCUUCUCCCCAAAUCCCUGGCCUCAGGAAUCUGCUUUAUGUUUCAUAUUUACCUAUUAUGGAUAUUUUGUAUAAAUGGGAUCAUUCAGUAUGUGCCCUUUUCAGUCUGACUUCUUUGCUUCUUUGCUCCUCCUCCUGCUUCUUUCUCCUCUUUUUUUGUUGUUGUUUUGUUGUUGUACUGGAGAUUGAACCUGAGGACACCUUACCAUUACCCUUUUUAAAUUUUUUUUAUUUUGAGACAGCUUCUCACUUAGUUGCUUAGGGCUGGCUAAGUUGCUGAGGCUGGUUUCGAAUUGAACUUGUGACUCUUCUCCCUCAGCCUCCUGAGUUGCUGGGAUUAUAGGCCUGCACCACCACAUUUGAGGUCUGUCUUUCAUUUGGCUUAAUAUUUUCAAAGUUCAUCCACAUGGCAUUAUAUAUUGGUACUUCAUUCCUUUUCAUAGCCAAGUAAUUCCAUUGCAUGGAUAGACCACAUUUUACUUCUUCAUAUGUUGAUGAACAUUUGGAUUUUCACCUUUAGUUAUUGUAAAUAAUGCUGCUAUGAACAUUCAUGUAUAAGGUUUUUGUUUUCUGUUUUAUGUACCUGGGUCACUCAACCACUGAGCCACAUCCCCAUCCUUUUUUAUUUUUAUUUUGAGACAAAAGUCUCACUGAGUUACUUAGGGCUUCACUAAAUUGCUGAGGCUGACUUUGAACUAGUGAUCCUCCUGCCUUGGCCUCCUAAACUGAUGGGAUUACAGGCGUGUGCCUGUAAAGAUGCCUGGCUCCCUUGUAUUUUUUUUUUUUUUGGUACUGGGGAUUGAACUCAGGGGCACUCAACCACUGAGCCACAUCCCUAGCCAUAUUUUAUAUUUUAUUUAGAUACAAGGUCUCACUGAGUUGCUUAGUGCCUUACUUUUGCUAGGCUGGCUUUGAUCUCUUGAUCCUCCUGCCUCAGCCUCUGAGAUUAAAGGCGUGUGCUACCACCCCUGGCUUCAUGUACGUUUUUGUUUGGGCAUAUGUUUCAAUUUCUCUUGAGUAUAUAUCUGAUGGUAUAUUGUAGAAAUACUGGGCCAUUUGGUAAUUCUGAUCUUUUAAAGAACUGUCAUUCUGUUUUCCAAAGUUGCUAUACCAUUUUAUAUUCCUUCCAGCAGUGUGUAUGAGUUCUGAUUUCUCCACAGUGAUGUCAACACUUGUUAUUAUCUAUUUUUGAUCCAAUCAUUUUACUGUAUGUGAAAUAAUAUUGUGUUUUGGGUUUGCAUUUCUUUGAAGGUUUGUGAUGUUGAACAUAUUUCCUUGUACUCACUGGAGAAUUAUCCAUUCAGAUCCUUUGCCUAUUUUUAAAUUGGGUUAUUUGUCUUUUUUUAAUUAUUGGAUUGUAAGCAUUCUCUAUAUAUUUUAGAUACCAGUUCUUUGUCAGAUCUCUGUGAUUUGCAAAUAUUUUCUCCAUUCUAUGGGUUGUUGUAAAAGUCAGGAAAAAACAAAAUAUUGACUUCCCCUUUUCUCUAACCACAA